AUGAGUGCCACAUCAGCCACGAGCUGUGUCUUGCCACCGGCACUUGGGCCUGAGCAAGAGGAGCAAGAGAGCUCGGAGACACAUAUGUCUGUUCUGUGGUAUGCAGGGCAGCUUGCAAUUACUUACUAUGAUACAGAAGAUUGCUCAGUCUACUUCAUGCCCGACAUACCUGAUAAUGAAGACCUCAAGCUACUGCAAAAAGUGAUUGGGGAACUUAACCCUCAAUGCAUAGUGACCAGUGCAAAACAGGACCAGAAUAUUGCUAAAUUCCUGACCAACCUAAGAGCUACUGCUGGUGAUAAAGACAUAAGAAAACCAGAAAUUGUCCUGUUUCCCAACACAGAUUUUGGUCUAGAAGUCAGCAAGCAACGGAUUCUGUCUAGGCAAUUUCCAUUUAUUCCAUCUCAUAUGACUGCCACAGAGAAAAUUCUCUAUUUGUCCUCCAUCAUUCCUUUUGAGAGUCCACUCAUGAUACGAGCCUUAGGGGGGCUCCUGAAGUUUCUAGACAGAAGAAGGGUUGGAGUUGAACUCGAAGACAGCAGUAUAGCAGUUCCUAUUUUGGCCUUUAAAAAAUUUGUGCUGUCAGAUACUGUGAAUAUGGACCAAGACACUUACUGCGUCCUUCAGAUAUUUAAAAGUGAUAUCCAUCCUUCUGUGUACAAGCUAUCCAGUGGACUAAAAGAAGGAUUUAGCUUAUUUGGAAUUUUAAACCGUUGCAGAUGCAAAUGGGGAGAAAAACUGCUGAGGUUGUGGCUCACACGACCUACCCGGAACCUGACAGAGCUGAACAAACGGCUGGAUGUUAUCAACUUCUUCCUGCUAGCUCAGAACCACGAAACAGUCCUCACUCUUCAAAACUGCCUCAAGAAUAUUAAAAAUGUGCCUCUUAUUUUAAAGAGAAUGACUCUUUCCAACACAAAAGUUAGUGACUGGCAAGCACUGUAUAAGACAGCGUACAAUGCAGUGUGCCUUAGAGACACGUGUCGUUCUCUGCCUAACACUAUUGAACUUUUCCAGACUAUUUCACAUGUCUUCACUGAUGAUCUGCACUACAUUGCUAACCUGAUCAGCAAAGUGGUAGACUUUGAAGGCAGCCUCUCUGAGAACCGCUUCACUGUUAGACCCAAUGUAGAUGCCACGAUUGAUGAGAAGAAACGAAAGCUGAUGGGACUGUCAGACUUCCUUACAGAAGUGGCACGAAAAGAACUGGAGACUUUGGACUAUCAAAUUCCCUCCUGUGCUGUCAUCUACAUUCCUUUGAUUGGGUUCCUCCUCUCCAUUCCACGCCUCCCAAAUAUGGUGGAUAAGACUGACUUCGAAAUUGAAGGCUUGGACUUCAUGUUCUUGUCAGAGGAUAAACUGCACUACAGAAGUGCCCGGACCAAGGAGCUAGACAGCCUGCUGGGUGACUUGCACUGUGAUAUCAGAGACCAGGAAACACUCAUCAUGCACCAGCUGCAGACAAGGAUCCUGGAGAAGUCUGAAGUACUUAACAGCGUGAUUGAGUACACUGCACACCUGGAUGUGCUGCUAGCCUUGGCAGGGACGGCCCGGGAGAACGGCUAUUGCCGGCCCCGCUUUACUCACCGCCACGGCUUCCACAUCAAGGACGGGAGACAUCCGCUCAUGGAACUAUGUGCAAAGACUUUCGUGGCCAAUCCUGUGGACAGCGGUGAGGCUACCAGGCGAAUAAAGAUCAUCACAGGGCCCAACUCCUCUGGAAAGAGCGUUUACUUAAAGCAGGUAGGUCUUAUAGUGUACAUGGCUCUCAUCGGCAGUUACGUCCCUGCAGCAGAGGCAGAGAUUGGAGUAAUUGAUGGGAUUUACACAAGAAUCCACAGUAGGGAAUCAGUUUCUGUAGGGCUCUCCACAUUCAUGAUUGAUCUUAACCAGGUUGCCAAGGCUGUAAACAAUGCCACAGAGAGGUCCCUGGUACUUAUUGAUGAGUUUGGUAAAGGCACCAACACACUGGAUGGCCUGUCCCUUCUGGCUGCUGUCCUGAGGUACUGGAUCAGACAAGGAACACAGUGUCCACAGGUCUUUGUCUCCACUAAUUUUCACAGUUUAAUGCAGCUAGAACUCCUGCCUGACACACCUCUUCUGGAGUACCUGACCAUGGAGACCCAUCAGGAUGGCGAGGAGUUGAUAUUUUUCUACCAGAUCAAACAGGGCAUGUCCACCAUUAGUCAUGCUGCCAAUAUUGCUGCAUUAGCAGGAAUGCCAGCCAAAAUCAUUGAAAGAGGAGUGGAAGUAUCAGAACUGAUUCGCAAUGGAAAACCAAUCAAACGUCUUGAUCAUCCUUCAAAAUGUGAUAGGAUGGAAAAAUGCAAGUCUGUUGUGGAAAAGUUUCUUUCCAUAGACCUUGAUGAUCCCCAGGUGGACUUGGAAGAGUUCAUGUCUAAAGAGAUCUUGCCUUCUGCAGCCUCAGUCCUGUAG